AUGAACGAUGUGGCGCACCAGGAACAACUCGGCAUCGACCUCGACCUUCUUUCGAAACUAGCCAUAAUGGUCAAGGGAGCGGAAUGGGCUCGAAGUAACCUGAAAGGAGUGUCGACGAUACAUAGCGAUAGCGUUGGCGGAGACCUAAAAACAAUUCGGGGGGCGAUCUGGGAAGCUUUGGUAGCUAACGGCAAGAUUAGCCGCAAGGAUGACUCUGGGAACCUUCUUCAGGUAGAAGGUUGCUGUAGCUUGUCUAUAUCGAAGAAGACACAUAUUGUUCCGAUCGCUAUAGUUGGAAAACCCCCCUCUGUAGGCGGCCAGCCCCUACUAAUGGGGACAAUAACUCAUAUUGAGAAAGGACGCUUACUUACAGAGUCCCAAAGUGCCACAAUAUUCGAGUUUUAUUCCGAAAUUCCUGGUGGUUUCGAGAAGCUGCCUGGUUCCGGAAAUUCUCAUGGUUCAGUUCCUGGAUCAUAG